UAUUAGCGUAGCGUCUGACGCACGAGAACUUUCUAAUGCAUCGGGGAAUACAAACGCGUUGCUAAAAAAUGUCGCAGAUGUAAAAGGAACGCGGCUCUGCUGACUCUGUGAGGUGUAGGGGCAGGGUGCACUGUGCAGUAGCCAGAGUAGCCCCGACUCAAGCCUGUUGGAAAUACAUUUUCUUUGCACUAAUUUUAACAACCGAAAACGCUAUCAUAAAUGAAAAGCGAGGUUAGAAAAAAGUGUUUUGAUUUUGAGAUUAUCAUUAGUUUUUCUCAUGAUUUUGAUUUUGCCUUACUUCCAAGGUCUACAAAAUCCAGAAAUAUAAACUUCUCGCAGAGCCCAAUAGAAUUAAACAUGAGACUAGAAUUAGAACAAACACUAAAAAAAGAUCCCGGCAGGGUCUGGAACGUGUCCUGGCACCCUAAAGGUAAUGCUUUAGCCUCUUGUGGAGAGGAGAAAUCCAUACGUAUAUGGACAAAGGAUCUAUUAGGCAAAUGGAGCAACAAGGUAGUUCUUGCUGAUGGACAUACUAGAACUAUUCGUCAAGUAUCGUUUUCUCCAUGUGGGAAUUAUUUAGCUUCAGCCAGUUUUGACGCUACAACUUGCAUAUGGGACAAACAGCAAGGCGAAUUCGAGUGCAAUGCGACUCUAGAAGGCCACGAAAAUGAAGUGAAAAGCGUUGCCUGGUCUAAAUCUGGCCAUUUUCUGGCUACUUGCAGCCGUGACAAAUCUGUCUGGAUUUGGGAGGUUGCCGAAGAAAACGAGUACGAUUGUGCUGCUGUAUUAAACGCACACUCACAAGAUGUUAAGAAGAUUGUUUGGCACCCCAACAAAGACUUACUAGCCUCUGCUUCCUAUGACAAUACCAUCAAAUUUUUCAAAGAAGACUUAAGUGAUGGAGAUUGGGUUUGCUGUGGCACUUUGACAGGUCAUGACUCUACAGUUUGGAGUAUCAGUUUUGAUGAAAAUGGCAAAAGAUUAGCUUCAUGCAGUGACGACAACACAAUAAAAAUCUGGAAGGAAUAUCCACCUGGAAAUGAAGAAGGUGUAGCAACAGUGGACAAUGACUCGACAUGGAAAUGUGUUUGUACUAUAUCUGGACACCACUCUAGGACAAUUUACGAUAUCGAUUGGUCCAAGACAACUGGCCUACUAGCAACAGCUUGUGGGGAUGACGCUAUAAGAAUUUUUAAAGAAGAUGAAGGCUCAGUUCCAAAUGCCCCUACUUUUAGUAUGAUUUGUAAUAUACAAAAAGCUCAUAGUCAAGACGUGAAUUCAAUUGCCUGGAAUCCUGUUAUGAAUAAUGUUUUAGCUUCAUGUAGUGAUGACGGGGAUAUAAAAAUUUGGAAUUUAGUUAUCGCACCAAGUGUUGUAAAUCUUUCAGAUUUAAGUGGUACUGAGGAAAUAGCUGAACCAAUUCCAAAUGAAGAGUAUAUUGAUAUUGGUUUUGGGGUCACAGUAGAACCAGCUUCUCCAGAAUGCCAAACUGGAUUAGGAGAUCAAGAGGCUACAACUUCUUCUGGAGAUUCCAACAUUGAAGCACAUACUGAAGUCAUCAUUUGUGAUGAAAAUGCAGUCACGUCUUCUGAUUCUACAAACCAACAUCCAAAUGGACAAGAUAAUGCGUCGGAAAACACUAGUACUGGAUCUGGUGCUGGUGAAAACUUACCGCAAACUCCAAAUGACCAGAGCACUACUAAAAAUUCAGAACAGAGUGAAGCACCACAGAAGGAAAAUAUUGACCCUGAGCAGCCACAAUCUGACAAUAAUGGUGGAAAUGCAGCUCAAAGUGGUAGUGGUGGACAAUCUCCGAGUGAAAGUGGAAAUUCCCAACAACCGGAACAAGCUCAAAGUGAACAAUCCGGGGGACAAAGCGGCAAUUCGGAGCAACCUCAAGAUCAAAGCCAAAAUGAGCAACCAACUCAAGACCAGAGUCAAACUUCAGAACAAGCUCAACAACCUGAUCAAACCGGAGCCUCUGAACCAGCCCAAGACCAGAGCCAAAUUCCACAACAACCACAAGACCCUAGUCAAAAUUCCGAACAACCUCAAACUGAAGGCAAUGGACAAUCUGUGGAUCAAAACAACAAUCCUGAACAAUCCCAAGGCCAGAGUCAAAAUUCAGAACAAGCUCCAGGUGAAAACAAUGGACAAUCUGGAGAUCUAACUGGUAAUCCUGAACAACCGCAAGACCAGAGCCAAAAUUCGCAACAACUGCAAGACCCAAGUCAAAAUUCUGAACAAGCUCAAACUGGAAGCAAUGGAGAAUCUGGGGACCAAAACAGCAACCCUGAACAAUCCCAAGGCCAGAGUCAAAAUUCGCAACAACCACAAGACCAGAGUCAAAAUUCCGAGCAAGCUCAGGAUGGAAGUAAUGGACAAUCUGAACAAAGUAGCGGUUCUCAACAAGCGCAAGACGAGAGUCAAAAUCCACAACAGCCCCAGGGUGAAAACGGCAAUGCUCAACAAUCAGAGGGCCAGAGUGACAAUUCCCAACAACCUCAAGAUCAGAACGGAGACUCGCAACAAUCUCAAGACCAGACUCAAAAUUCAGAACAAGCUCCAGGACAAAGUAGCAACUCUGAACAACCUCAAGAUCAGAGUGGAAACAAUGGACAAUCUCAGAAUCAAAACAGUACUUCUGAACAAUCCCAGGACCAGAGUCAAAAUACCCAACAGUCUGUAGACCAGACUCAAAACUCAGCAAACGACAAUGCCCAACAACCAGAGGGCCAGAGUGAAAAUUCCCAACAACCUCAAGAUCAGAACUCGCAACAAUCUCAAGACCAGAGUCAAAAUUCAGAACAAGCUCCGGGACAAAGUAGCGAUUCCGAACAACCUCAAGAUCAAAGUGCAAACAAUGGACAAUCUCAGGGUCAAAACAGUACUUCUGAACAAUCCCAGGACCAGAGUAAAAAUACUCAACAGUCUGCAGACCAAUCUGAAAAUUCAGUAAACGACAAUGCCCAACAAACAGAGGGCCAAAGUGAGAAUUCCCAACAACCUCAAGAUCAGAACUCGCAACAAUCUCAAGACCAGAGUCAAAAUUCAGAACAAGCUCCGGGACAAAGUAGCAAUUCUGAACAACCUCAAGAUCAGAGUGGAAACAAUGGACAAUCUCAGAAUCAAAACAGUACUUCUGAACAAUCCCAGGACCAGAGUCAAAAUACCCAACAGUCUGCAGACCAGUCUCAAAACUCAGCAAACGACAAUGCCCAACAACCACAGGGCCAGAGUGAAAAUUCCCAACAACCUCAAGAUCAGAACUCACAACAAUCUCAAGACCAGACUCAAAAUUCAGAACAAGCUCCGGGACAAAAUAGCGAUUCCGAACAACCUCAAGAUCAGAGUGAAAACAAUGGACAAUCUCAAGGUCAAAACAGUACCUCUGAACAAUCCCAGGACCAGAGUCAAAAUACCCAACAGUCUGCAGACCAGUCUGAAAAUUCAGCAAACGACAAUGCCCAACAAUCAGAGGGCCAAAGUGGUUCGCAAGCUCAGAGUGGCAGCAAUGGAGAGUCUGAGAACCAAAACAGUAAUCCCGAACAAUCCCAAGACCAGAGUCAAAAUUCAGAACAAGCUCAGAGUGGCGGCAAUGGUCAAUCUGAGAACCAAAACAGCAAUCCCGAACAACCCCAAGACCAGAGUCCAAAUUCACAAGCUCAGGGUGAAAGCAAUGGACAAAGUAGCGAUUCUCAACAAGCGCAAGACCCGAGCCAAAACCCGCAACAACAACAGUCUGAGGAUGACAACGGCAAUGCCCAGCAAUCAGAAGGCCAAAGCGAAAAUUCUCAAGAUCAGAAUGGAGAUUCCCAACAAUCUCAAGACCAAAUAGAUAAUUCUGAAGAAGCUGAACAGCCAAAUAGUCAAUCUCAAGAAAAAGAUAAUGAUCGCGAACAAUCACAGGAGAACUCCAGAGAACAAAUAAAUAGUUCUGAGAAAGACCAACAGUCAAACGGCCAAUCGAAGGAAUCAGAAAAUAAAAAUAGCAAUGAAAAAGAUAAUGAUAUCAAUAGUACUGAAGAUCAGAAAAAUAAGAGCAAGGAAGAUGCCAAGGACAAUUCUAAUGAGCAAAAAGAAGAAAAUGAAAGCAAACAAGACGACGACGAAAAUGAUAAAGAUUCUUCAAGAGAAGAUGGAAGACAUAAUAAUAAUCAUAACCACAAUAACCGUAAUAGCAACGAAGAUACCAAAGAUAAUUCUAAUGAACAAGACGAAGACGAUUCAAGAGAAGAUGGAAGACAUAAUAACCAUAAUAAUCAUAACCACAAUAACAAUAAAAAUUCAUCAGAAGAAAGAGACAGGAGACAACAAAAUAAUCAUUCCAACGACAGAAACAAUGACCGCAAUGACAGAGAUAGAAAUAAUGACCGCAAUAACAACAGAGAUAGAAAUAAUGACAGCAAUAACAACAGAGACAGAAAUAAUGACCGUAAUAACAACAGAGACAGAAACCGAAAUCAAAAAGAUUCUUCCGAAGAAGAUAAUCAAAGAAAUAACAGAAGUAGAAAUAACAACCGAGGAUCUUCAGAAGAAAACAGGAAUAAUAAUAAUAACCGUGAUAGGGAUGAAGUUCUAGAACUGGUUACUUUAGGCAAUAGUGCCCCAACUUUUUUGGAAUGGUUCGGAUUCGAUGUUGACCAAGCGACAACAGAACUGCCUGAUGAUGAGGAACUAACUGACACAAUAGAACCGAAUCUUGAUGACAAUUCUUCACCCACAGAUAUCCCAUAUGAAACAACACAGACUUCAAUAGAAGAAUCCUCUGAAACACCAGGUACCGAGUCGACUACUGACGAUUCUGGAUCAGGUGAUGCCUCAACCACCACAGAAAUAUCUUUGCCAGAAUCAAUUAUUGGUGACUCAGGAGACUCAGAUAAUGAUAAUAAAGAAAUUGAAGCUCCACAAGAUAACAAUGAGGCUCGAAAAGAAGAGCAAGAUGGUAAUAUAAAUAUUGAAAAUCCAGAUAAUGAAAAUAAGGAGAACGCUGAUGACAAAGAUAGAAGUGUAGAAUCGGAAAUUCAGGAUCCUUGGAAAGAAUUUGAAGAACAAUUAAAUGAAGAAUAUGGACAGUAUGAUAUUGAUGAAGAUGAUAGCAAAGAAGGUGAUGACGAUAAUACAAACAAUGAUAAGCAAAAUUAUAAGAACCAAGGGGAUGAAGACGAGAAUGCCAAGGAAGCAUUAAUAAAACAAUACAUAAGAGAAAAUAUCGAAACUGUUUGCUCACAUGAUGAAUGUGUCGAUCAAUGCCGACUCCAAAGACAUUAUGGAGGCUAUUGCAAAUAUGAGAGCAAAUGUAUAUGCUUCUAG